ACGAGCUGAAAGCUUUUUAAGAUGUGAUUUUUAUCUCCGGAUUAAAGAGCCUCGCAGUGGAGCUUCUGAUUCCGACAAUGUCUCUGACAGAUGAGGGUUUGAUAAAGCAACCAUCAAGAAGAAAUAGUGAUGAGACCAACCGCCCAAACAUGGCCAUGAGGAGGAUAGUUCUGGUGGGGAAGACUGGAGCUGGUAAAAGUUCCUCAGGAAACACCAUCCUGGGCAGGAAAGGCUUUAAAUCUAUUAAAAGUGCAUCACCAGUCACCAAAGAGUGCUGUAAGGAGACAGAAUGUGUAGCUGACAGACAGUUGGUUGUGGUGGACACUCCAGGUGUCUUUGAUAGCAAACUGUCAGAGAAAGACCUGGAAAAGAAAAUCAGUAAGUGCAUUAACAUGACCGCUCCUGGACCUCAUGCUAUCAUCCUGGUGAUUCAACUCGGUCCUUUUACUGAUGAGGAACGUCUCUCAGUGGAGAAGAUUAGAGCCAUUUUUGGAGAAGAAGCAGAUAAAUACACAAUGAUCCUCUUCACACAUGGAGAUGAACUUACUGGAACAAUUGAAGAAUAUCUGAGUGACGGGAGUCUCACAGACCUCACUGAUCUGUUUGGUGGGAGAUAUCAUGUCUUUGACAACACAAAAAUCGAUGACCGCGCCCAAGUCCUGGAGUUCCUAGACAAAGUGGAAAACAUGAUUUUAGCAAAUGGGGGCGAACACUACACCAAUUCCAUGUUUAAAGAAGUGGAGGAAAAGCUAAAGAACAGUGAGGAAGAGUUAAAGAAACAAUACCAUGAAUCAGAGAGAGAAUCAGUAUCUAAACUCAGUGAGGAAAUGAGACAGUUACAGGAGAGGGUUGAAACACUACAAGAAUCAGAGCAAGAAAAAGAGAUGAAGCUUGAUGAAUUGAAAGACCUGAUAAAGAAGAAGGACAGAGAACUGAAUGAAUACAAGCGUUUUUAUCAUGUUAAGCGUAAGAAUGCUAGACUGGAGGUAGAACAAACAAGGGUUGAUGAAAACAUACUAGCAAAAGUGACUGCAUGGCUAAAAAAUCUGUUUUUAAUGUGAGAAUAAACCUACUGUUAAUGUUCUAUAUACAUAUACUAUAGACAUGGCCUAAUGGCCACUUAGGAGGACACUGUUUAUACAAUGUGUUUAAAACGUGGUUGUACCACAUAACUGCUGCAGUUUUACAGUCAUGCUGAGAAUCUCUU